UCCUCUAAAACACUCACUCUCUCUUUCUCUCUCUCUCUCCAGGCUGUGGAUCAUGGCAGAGGGGGAGAGACGAUGCAUCUGAGGCCCUUAUAGAAGAGCCCCCCUAUGGGGAGCAGUUGCCGGACAUGGGGGCUGCUUCGGCCACUGACCCCUUGUCCCAGUGAUUAAUGGCACCAGACUCUCGCCUCUGCAGUUGUCCCAAGCUUCGUCCACUGCAACGCACCACCUCCCCUAUCCACCUUGCUCUUCUACUUUAUUUAUCUCUCUCGCUGUUUGUUUCCCCUCACACGACCCAGAAACUUGCAGUUAGCCUGUUCACUUCAGCGAGCAAUUCCUCAGACACCGACACCAACUCACACAGACAGGCACCCAAAUCUGAAGAUAUAAUAGCCUCAUCAUCCCCAUACCGAUACCCUGUCUAUAACUGGAUCAUGGAGGCUCAGCCAUAGGAGCCAUUUAAAGGCUGCCUCAUUGUUCAGCCAUCCUGGAGAGAUCAAUGGAACUGCGCUGACUGAUGUGUAGAGCGACUCCUUCAGUCACCCAAAAGGAAAGAUCACCCGCCAACACCAAACUCUUAUAACGCUGUCCUUGAGCAGCUAUUCUCUCUCCAACUCUGAUGGAUGUGUGCUUCUGUAUUAUUUAGAGGCAAACAUUAUUGAGGAAGGACAUAUUUCAAACUGACACACGAUUCAUUGUUUGUCUCAAAGAGUCAUAAGAGAUUCCAUUUACCUGAGAUGUUUGAGUGUGUGUUGUCGUGACUCCAGCCUAGUGUGGCUUGUCUGAAAUUUAGCUGAUCAAGAAAGGAGGACAAAAAAACAACAAGAGCGUCGACUAAGACGCUACUAGCUGCCGCUGUGACAUACGUGCCAGGGUUGUUGUUGUCGUGACGUGGUUGGUGGCCAUCGUCAUGGUGUUGCCACCUCCAGACAAGCGUCACGUGUGUCUCACCACCAUCGUCAUCAUGACCAGCAUGGCGUUCAUGGACGCCUACCUGGUGGAACAGAACCAGGGGCCAAGGAAGAUCGGUGUGUGCAUCAUUGUGCUGGUGGGUGAUUUCUGCUUCCUGAUUGUGCUCCGCUACGUGGCGGUGUGGGUUGGCGCCGAAGUGCGGACCGCCCGGCGUGGCUACGCCAUGAUCCUAUGGUUCCUCUACAUCUUCGUCCUGGAGAUCAAGCUCUACUUCGUGUUCCAGAACUGCAAGGCUGACCGCAAGAGCCUGGAGGUCGUGGCCCGCAAGGCCCUCACAUUGCUGCUCUCUAUAUGCGUCCCGGGGCUCUAUCUGAUCUUAGUCGCGCUGGAUAGCAUGGAGUAUGUCCGCACCUUCCGCAAAAAGGAGGACAUGCGUGGCCGUCUCUUCUGGGUUGCCCUGGACCUCCUCGACCUGCUGGACAUCCAGGCCAACCUGUGGGAGCCCCAGCGAACAGGCCUGCCCAUUUGGGCAGAGGGCCUGAUGUUCUUCUACUGCUACAUCCUGCUGCUCAUACUGCCCUGCGUUUCCCUCAGCGAGAUCAGCGUCCAGGGGGAACAGGUGUCGCCCCAGAAGAUGAUGCUCUACCCGGUCCUCAGCCUGGUCACCAUCAACGUGGUCACCAUCUUGAUCCGUGGGGUCAACAUGGUGCUCUUCCAGGACAGCCGUGUCUCCACCAUCUUUGUGGGGAAAAACGUGGUAGCCAUCGCCACCAAGGCCUGCACCUUCCUGGAGUACAGGCGGCAGGUGAAGGAACUUCCGCCACAGGGCCCCCCCGGCAUGGCUCUAGAGCUUCAGCAGAACUCGGUACCGCACGGCCAGGCGCUACCCAAUGCCACCAGUCUGCCACAUGAGCCCACGCCCGCUCAGGAGAUCAUAGACACAUGACGGGGGCAGAGCCGACUGAUUGACACUAAAGGCUGCCAGUCGGCAUUCUUCUUGCUGACUCUGGGCACAACUGAUUGGACAGGUCCUAGGUUAAAUGGGGGGGUGGAUUGAUCACUUAUGGCUGAGGACACCCCAGUCAUUAGGCUGGUAUGUGCUACCAGGUUGGCCCUUCUACAUUGUCAAUCAAAGCUAGAAAACAAAAGAAACUUGGGUAUCUCUGGUCAAAUCCUUGUGAAAAAGACUUACCUAACAGACUGAGAUGAUUACGUUCUAAAUGAUGCUAUAUGUCACUGAUGUGAGAUGUGUUUUUAAUUGUGUGAGCAUUUUUAAACAAAAAAAAAACUUGUGAUGAAACCCUGAGAAAGGGAGCUUGUGAGACAGACCCUUUUUCUGAAGCAGAUUGAUAGCUUUGAAUCUGUUGUAAUUUUUUGGUCCCGUGGAAGUUUCAAAUGACACCUUUACCUGGAAGUUCUUUCUGUUUUCGUUUGUAGUGCAACUGACAGGGCAUACAGAUCUCUCUUCUCACUUGUAGACAGGAAGUGAAAGGAUAAAUGGAGAAAGGGCUGGUCAAGGAAUAGGAGGGAGCUCAGGAUGAAAAACUGAGGAGAAGAAAGAAGCGAAUAAUCCUGUCUUCGGAAUUAAGAAUCUGGCAUAGCUCUAGAGGGAAGGUCUGAGGAAGCAGUUCUGUCACAGGUCCCCGUAUUUUACGUGUGUGACGCAAUGCUGAAAAGAGGCUCAGGAGAUCAACAAUGUCCUUUGACUAAGAGGUUUUCUUCCCAAUUACUAUGGAUCUCUUUAAAGUAUAUAUGUGUGUGGAUGUUUCUAAGAGACAUUUGUAAAGUUAUAAAGGAAGAAAAGAGGAGAGGCAGAGGAUAGUAAAAGAUAGUAAAAAAGACAGCAGCAAACAUUCUGGCAGAAACACAGAAACUAGAAAUACAGUUGGAAACUAUCUACACUUUAAUGAAUGAUUUUAUUAUUAUUAUUAUUAUUAUUAUUAUUAUAAUUAUUGGUGUAUGAAAAUAUUUUUUACAUUUUGAGUUGAAAGAGUGUUUUAAUAAAAUAUGAAAAAGAGUGGGACUUGAAUGAUAAACACUUAAAA